AUGGCAGCAGGCAGCGCCUUUGUAUCAGCUUCCAAGGACCGCACGCUACGCCUCUGGCAGGUUGGUGCCUCCCCUCCCCCUCUUCUCUGGCAGGUGGGUGCUUCCCCUCCCCCUCUUCUCUGGCAGGUGGGUGCUUCCCCUCCCCCUCUUCUCUGGCAGCUGGCGGCAGACAACACCCAGGCGUCCACCGGCCCUCCCUCGCUGCGUGCAUCGGUGGUGGCAGUGAUGCGAGGCCACUCUGCUGCCGUGCAAUGCGUUGCCGUGAACGCACGUGCCAAUAAGCUGGCAUCAGGCAGCUGGGACAGCUCCAUCAAGCUGUGGACUCUGCCCAAGCUGGGAAGCAUUGCAGGGGGGCGGGAAAGGGGGGAGGAUGGGAGUGCGGGUGGUGAUGGGAGUGGAGGAAUGGGAGCAGAGGCGGGAGGAGAAGGGGAAGAGGAGGGGGGAGAAGUGGGAGGGGCGGAGGGAGUGGGGCAAGCACGGAAGCGAGUGCGGACGGCUGCAGGGGCAGUUGAGGCAGAGGGCUUGGAGCCCCCAACUCGCGUCGGCCCCUCACCCACCCCUGCUCCAGCCCCCAACUCGCGUCGGCCCCUCACCCACCCCUGCUCCAGCCCCCAACUCGCGUCGGCCCCUCACCCACCCCUGCUCCAGCCCCCAACUCGCGUCGGCCCCUCACCCACCCCUGCUCCAGCCCCCAACUCGCGUCGGCCCCUCACCCACCCCUGCUCCAGCCCCCAACUCGAGUCGGUCCAUUACCUACUGCUCUCUGCACCUCAAGUCGCCCCUCCCCUCCCCUCCUCACCCAAGUCAGUCCCUCAGCUGUCUCUGUUCCAGCCUGCACCUCAAUGUGCUGAGGUGAGUGGCGUUUGGGAGUGUGCUAAUGUGAGUGGCGUUUGGGAGUGUGCUGAGGUGAGUGGCGUUUGGGAAUGUGCUGAGGUGAGUGGCGUUUGGGAGUGUGCUGAGGUGAGUGGCGUUUGGGAGUGUGCUGAGGUGAGUGGCGUUUGGGAGUGUGCUGAGGUGAGUGGCGUUUGGGAGUAUGCUGAGGUGAGUGGCGUUUGGGAGUGUGCUGAGGUGAGUGGCGUUUGGGAGUGUGCUGAGGUGAGUGGCGUUUGGGAGUGUGCUGAGGUGAGUGGCGUUUGGGAGUGUGCUGAGGUGAGUGGCGUUUGGGAGUGUGCUGAGGUGAGUGGCGUUUGGGAGUGUGCUGAGGUGAGUGGCGUUUGGGAGUGUGCUGAGCCCCUGCACACGCUGAGCCCCUGCCUACCCGUCACCCCACCCCUGCCCUCUCCUUUCCAAUCCCCCCCUGCCUCUCUACCUCCUUCUGUCUGCCCUCCUGCCAACCCGCUCACGUGCACCGCACCGCACCGCACCGCCCCACCACCAGGCUGGACUUUGUUACAGGUGGAGCGCCAGGGGUUGCCCGUGCAGACGCGCGGCCCCUGCCUACCCACCUCUGACACCAGCCUUCUCCCUUCCAAUCCCCUGCCACCCACCACCAGGCUCGACUUCAUAGCACAGGUGGAGCGGCAGGACGUGCCCGUGCAGACGCUGGGUCCCAACCUGCCCGCCUCCGACCCCGGCCACGCCUCGCCAGCCGAGGUGCAGCGGCGGCUGUGCGACCACCGCUUUGCACUGCUGUUUGAGGAGCUGGCGCCGCUGCACGUCAUGUCGCCGCACUUCUGGGCCGCGCUGGCGUGCGGCACCGUGCCCCUCGUGGUCGCCAAGGGCAGCAUCGCGCUCUUCUCCCCGGCUGACAACGUCUUCCUGCAGGUGCUGCACUUGCCACCAGAAUCUCAAUCAGUUUCAGACCUUCUUGCACGCUUCAACAGUGUGAGGCGGGGCGACGAGGUGAGGCAGGUGGGGGAGUGGGCGGGGUACCUGCAGCAGUCGCAGCGCACCUACAGCGACAUGACGCGCUGGAAGGCCGACGUGCCCUCUGAUGCCUUCCUCGCCCUCCUCGACCUCUCCAUCGUCCCAAGCCACUGCCGCCUCUGCAUUCACCUCGCCACCAAGCAACUGGUGGCAUGGGAUGAGAGCAGCACGAGGAAGGUGUGUCGGUGCUGGGAGGAGGGCACCAACACGACCCUCUACCACCUCUACGUGCGCGAGCGAGGCACCUUCGCCUUUCACUCCCUCUUCCUCAAGUCAUCAGAGCUCACCAUGGCGCACCUCGUGCGGGCCAUCUACCACCUCUACCACCGCCUGGGCUACCGCCCCCUCUGGCACGGCCACCGCCCCGACGCUCUGUCCACGGGCGGGGCAGCAGCGGUGCGCGUGCUGCGGGUGUACCCAGUGGAGUCGUCACAGGAGAUGGUGCUGCACGGGUCGGGCGCCUUCCGCCGCGACCGCCAGCUGCAGGACUUUGUGGAGGCCACUCCGUGCCCACGCCUUGAAGUCAUCCUAGUCUGA